UGAAGCGAGCUGGCGCAGCAGCGCCAUCACGGCCUAGUCGUGGUGGAGUAGUGGCACUCGCCUGCCUGCCUUCCUUCGCUUCCACUCCUCCAUCCAUUUCCGGUUCCUCCAUCGCUGAACCACCCACCCACCCUGUUCCGCCCUUGAGAGAGCGCUCCAGUCUCGCCCUCGCCGCGCCGCUGGGCUCGCGCCCCCGAUGGCGACGGCGGCGGUGGCGAUCCACCAGUUCGCCGAGUGCAUCACCUGCCACGCCUGGAGCCCCGACCAAUCCAUGAUCGCCUUUUGUCCAAACAACAAUGAGGUGCAUAUUUAUAAAUUUUUCACAGACAAGUGGGAGAAACUUCAUGUUCUUUCAAAGCACGAUCAAAUAGUAUCUGGAAUAGAUUGGAGUAGAUCAUCCAACAAAAUUGUAACAGUUUCACAUGAUAGAAAUUCAUAUGUUUGGACACAAGAAGGAUCUGAUUGGGUGCCUACACUCGUUAUUCUCAAGCUAAAUCGUGCAGCUUUAUGUGUUCAAUGGAGCCCAAAAGAAAAUAAGUUUGCUGUGGGAAGUGGUGCUAAGUCUGUGUGCAUUUGCUACUAUGAACAAGAAAACAACUGGUGGAUUAGCAAGGUUAUUAGGAAAAGGCAUGAAUCUUCUGUCACUAGUCUCGCAUGGCAUCCGAACAAUAUAUAUCUUGCAACAACGUCUACUGAUGGUAAAUGCAGAGUAUUCUCUACUUUCAUUAAGGGUGUGGAUACAAGGGUAUCGCAAUCAAACACUUUGGCCAAUUCGAAAUUCGGAGAGCAAAUUGCUCAGCUUGACCUAUCAUCUACCUGGACAUUUGGUGUAAAGUGGUCACCAAGUGGAAAAACAUUGGCCUAUGCAGGGCACAAUUCCAUGAUCUAUUUCAUUGAUGAUGUUGAAACGUCUCCUGCUGCACAAAAUUUGGCACUGCGUGAUCUGCCUCUCCGUGAUGUUCUUUUUGCCUCUGAGUGCAUGUUGAUCGGUGUUGGAUUUGACUGCAAUCCUAUGAUAUUCGCUGCAGAUGAGACUGGACUUUGGAGUUUUGUAAGAUUCUUGGAUGAAAGGAAAGUUACUCCAUCAACUUCAAAAGCAUCACAGCUAUCUGAAGCCCUCGGGAAGCUAUAUGGCCAAUCAAAGCAAGGGACAAGUGACACUGUUGAACCAACGAAACCUCGUGGUGGUGCCCAUGAGAACUGCAUAACUUGCAUCGUACCAUUGCAAAAAGGAAGUCAGAGUACUAUCAAACGGUUCAGCACUUCAGGAUUGGACGGUAAGAUUGUGCUAUGGGAUUUGGAAAAUCACAUCACCAUUGCAAAAUAGCUGCAAGGAAGGUUCCAUAUCAAUCAAGUUGAAAACUUCUGUCGUUACGCAUGGGACCAUUCCUGGCAGCGGGCCCUGCAGGUUUUCAAUAUCCAGGGCCAGCCAGGUAGAUUGCUUACUUUGUUGUACCUGUACACAAACCAACUCUUUAGCGUAGAGGCCGUUGGCAUCCAUCAGCUGGCUUCAUUUUUGGGAGUAAUUUGUCCUUUAAAACGAAUUCAUAUUGUGUAUCACCUGUAUAAUUCUAGCUAGGUAGGCAAUGACAUAAUUCGACAUUUUGCAGUGUUUGUAAGAUAACCACACCUGGAAUUUAUCAGCGGAUGCGUUACUGGUA